CGUUCUGUCCGACGCGAACGAAGCCCCCGAACAAACGGCAAGAAAAACUCCUUGCGACUUUAUAUAAUAAGCAGUAUUACGUUAUUCAUUAUCGUAAUCUGCAGCAGUGCAUAUGCCAUGGUUUUCGUAUCGAAAAGAUUCAUCGCAUACUCCAAUUCGCACAAACUUCAUAGCUACGCAACUACAUAGAAUUAAAUACGCAGUUUCGAACGCAUGCAACAAACGAUUUUGAGAAAAAUUUAUACAAAUUAAUGAACAACGCGGUAUUCGGCAAAACAAUGGAAAAUGUUCGCAAUCAUGUCGAUGUAAAACUUUUAACAAAAUGGGAUGGACGAUACGGUGCAGAGGCAAUGGUCGCAAUGCCCAAUUUUCAUAGCAGGAGCAUCUUUUCAGAAAAUUUGGUUGCAGUUGAAUUGCGAAAACUCGAAGUGAAGUUCAACAAGCCGAACUAUUUGGGUAUGUGUAUUCUCGACAUAUCUAAGACCUGCUUGUAUGAAUUUCAUCAUGAGUACAUGUCACCUCUAUAUCGUGAGAAAUGUAAAGUACUGUAUACGGACACAGAUAGCUUAAUUUACCAUGUAAUGUCCGACGAUGUAUAUGAGCUAAUGAAACGUGACAUUGCUAGGUUUGAUACGAGCGAUUAUCCUCAAACUAACAUAUACGGUAUACCGCUUAAGAACAAAAAAGUUCCAGGGCUUAUGAAAGAUGAAAAUAACGGAGCUAUAAUGACAGAAUUCGUCGGGCUCAGAGCAAAAAUGUAUGCGCUGAAAGUAGAAGGUAAAAAGGAUACUAAAAGGGCGAAGGGUGUUAAGAGGAAUAUUAUAGCACGAACGAUCAAUUUUGACGAUUACACACAUUGUUUGAGAGAAGAAAUUGAAACGAGUCGGCGUCAAUCGUACAUAAGAUCCAAGUUGCAUGAGGUAUACACGGUAUUCGAAACGAAAACUGCACUCAGUCCAUACGAUGAUAAGCGAUUUAUUAUGUCUGAUUCGAUAAAUACAUUACCAUGAGGACAUUAUAGUAUACUAUUAUAACGUUUAUUUGUUUUAUUAGC